AUGGACAUCAGUCACCAUUUUUUUCCGCUUCCAAGCGUAGUGAUUCCGAAUAUCAUGAUUAAACGACCAUUUGUGACAGAGUACAAUUUCGAGAGCGAGAGAAAAGCAAUUGCCGAUUACGAGAAGAAUAAAGCUGACUUAGCAAUCAAAGUGAAAGAAAUGAAAAUUAAGAAUGUAGCCCCUGAAGGACAAUCGGGCAUUAUGCUUGAGAGAAUCCCAGGUGUAGUCUCCCAGUUACAUAGUCAAAAAAUUCAUUCAGGUGUUGUACUGGAACCAAGUCGUGUUAUAGCUACAACUUCUCAACAGCAAAAUACGAAGCCGGUGAAACCAGCAUUGAAUGCCUUCGAGGAAUUUGAAUUGAAACCGAAUCUUUUUGAUCUCCUGGAAUUAAGUACUAUAGAUGAUAAAGCUGCCCUUGAACAAAUACUUGCCAAUGCGCCGCCACCGCUAUCCGCGAGCGUUGUCGGAAGUAGCGCUCAAUCUUCCUCAGGGUUACUGUCUUCAUCAUCGGUUUCAAAUAUGGGUAUGAAGGUAUCAGAAACUGGUGAUACCCACGAUUUGCAUAAUUUGUCGACUACUCUCAAAAGUUACAACAGUUCAUUUGGUAUCGGCGUUCCUAGUGCUUCUUUCGGGCAAAAUUUAUAA